AAGUCUGUGGUUUCCCGUGUAGAAAUCGAGGCGUAGCCAGGCAGGGCUGAGAGAGAAGGAACGGAAGCAAGCCGUAGGAGAACUCGCUGUCAAAGCAACCGUCCGGAGGAGCUGAGAUGGAGGAAGGCCAGACUCCAGACAAGCCAGAGCGAGGACGAAGGGGAUGAGGAACAGGGUGCUGCCGGAAACUGCCAGCGGUGUGAAGGCAAGGGGACCAGAAAGCGGAGUAGAAAAUCCUUCCACAGAGCAGAAUCUUCAGAAAAUCCGUUUGGAGCAAGCUAAAAAAAAAUGGAUCAUGAAAUGAAUGCAAUGGGAAAAGAACAGACACCGAAGAGUGAUGUUUCGGAAGCAGGAACGGCGGAAACAGCAGGAACGGCAGGAAAACGGAGCCUCACUUCUCAAGUUGAAUUCAGCGCUCUGCCAAGCCAGAGUCCAGUUCUACGCUCGAAGCAACGAACUCCGAAGCAUGCCUUUGUCCGUCCCUGGAAAUCGCUGCCUCCCACUCCUUCGGGAUUACUGGAAAAAAACCAGAAAGUCUUUUUCUCUUCUCUGACUUCCCUCCAGGCUGAAGAGUUUUUUGACAUGGUGGCCACAAUCCAGGCCCGGAGGCUCAAUGACCAGCGGGCGGAUUUUGUGGGGCCUGAAUCUGCAAGCGAAGAGAAUCCUGGGAUAUCGGAAGACCAACUCUAUGACACUAUCCUAGCUCACCAGAGCCAGCGUCUUGAGGAUCAACGCACGGAGCCUCCUAUCCCGGUGGGAAUUCAAGGGCUACUGGAUUUACUGCUUUCAGCUCAAGGGACCCGGAUGGAAGACCAGCGCUCUGCCCUUCCUCCGGGCCUAGCCGCCCCACCCUUGCUAGGAAGGCAGCCCUCCUUUCUACACGGAGUAUGAAACUCCUCUUUCCUUCAUCAUUUGGGAGUUCAAAAGACGAUUAACCUAGUCGGAAAUGGGAACUGGAUUGAUCUCAGCUGUGAGGACUGAAAAAUAUCAAACCAUGUUGGAAGACUUUGGGCAGGAAAGGUAUCACGCUUUGCAAGAAAAGGAAGAGGAAAACUCAUGCUCCAGCACAACACAGCUUUGCAAAUGACUAAUUUUUUUAAAAAAUACUGGCUAUGACAUGUAGAUGCUCUCUGAGCUUGGUGUUUUUCUCGCAGAGGUUUCAUUACCAAACUAGGUAACGUCAUCAACGCUGGAAGGGAGCGGGGUUGACAUCUAUCCUUUCUAUUGCUCAGUGGAGACUCCGGCCCUCCCUCUCUGCCUCCUCCCUGCCAAAAGCCAAUACGGGCAGUACAGGUACUCCUCGACUCACAACCACCACUGGGGCUGAAAUUUCUGCCGCUAAGCAAGAUGGUCAUUAAGUGAUAAUGCCUGGUUUUACCUUUUUGCCACAAUCACGAAGCAAAUCACACAGUCGUUCAGCAGAUUUGACUGUCUCCAUUGACUUUGCUUGCCAGACAUCCGUUGGGAAGGCAAUCAUGUCACACACACACGCACACACACACGCACGCACACCCCCAGGACUCUACAACUGUUGUAAACAUAUCAGUUCCCAAGCACCCAAACUUUGAUCACAUGACCACAUGGAUGCUGCAAUGGUCAUAAGUUCAAGAACUGGUUGUAAAUCGCUUUUUUCAGCACCGUUGCAACUUUGAACGGCCCCUGUCUAAAUUGCAAGUCGAAGACUACUUGUGCAUUUAGAGGGCCAAUGAAAAGUCACAGCGGUGCCAUGAUUUUUAACAGUUUAGGGGUGGCAUGAAAAGGAAUGUACCAUUGAUUAAGGGCAGUGGGAAAAUCUCUAUUUGCAAUAUAUGGGAGUCUUAAGAUGCUACGAGACUGUGGAUUUAAGUUUAGCGUGUUUAUCCCCAAAAGCACUAGGCCUAAUGUCUCAGCUAAUUCGUCCCUGCAGUGAAAAAGCUCUUAAGUUAGCCCUUUUCCUAAAUAAUUUGAUGUUUAGUGCAAUGUUUCUGAAUCGGGAUGCCUCCAAUUGUCCUAUGCAAAGCCAUCCUAGGGAAAUAGUUCAAUAGGUCUAGUAAAUUAUACCUAGAGCUUAUUUGAAAACGACAAAAUAAAUGUAGCUGCUUUCAUUUGCCUGCGAAGAAAAGAGACAGGUUGAUGGUCUUCUAAUUCCUAAACAUAUUAUGGAUCCUGUUUUAUUUAAGAAUUGCUAGAGAACCCUGCUGGAUCUGGCUGUCAACCCAUGCAAACCAGCAUUCUGAGUCGCACAGUGGCCUAUUGGCUUAUGUUGGGGAAGCUCACAAGCCCAGAUUGGAGAGCGAGCACCUUCUUCUCCUCUUUCUCCCUGGUCAUGGGACUUUUCAGAUUUUGGGACCCAUAUGAAUCUCUCACACAAUGUCUAGGUACGGAGUCUCUGCUGCAAAGGGACAGCCAUGUAAAUUCGUUUAAUAAUUAAACGAUAGGUACGUCCCAUUCCAAAUAUUGAAAAUACAAACAAGUGGUCGAAGUGACAUAGUAUUCCUGUUUGCGGUAAUACAGUGUUCAUGCACAAGGGAAGUUUUGGAAUUUAUAAAAUUUGAGGGGAAGGCAUCAGAAUAGGGCUGAUCAACCUUGGCAGCUUUAAGAUGCGCAGACUUCGACUCCCAGAAUUCCCCAGCCAGC